UGUAGGAAAGUUAUAGAGUUCACAAACUAUGAGAACAGUACACGAUAUAUCCCCCAAAUGUCAGGACAGGUACAGAAUCCCCCAAAUGUUCAGAAAAACAGUAACAGAUAUCCCCCGAAAAGUCAGAACAGUACAGAUAUUCCGCCCAAAUUUCAGAAACAGUUCAGAUAAUCCCCCAAAUGUCAGGGACAUGACAGAUAUCCCCCAAAUGUCAGGACAGUACAGAUAUUCCCCCAAAUGUCAGAAACUAGAGAUGAGCGAAUUAUUCAAAAAAUUCGGUUCGGCUGAUUCGCCG